AUGCUUGGUUUUUCGAGUUUCGAGUAUGGGGGAAGUUUGGACAGAGAGAAGAUCGGGCCAAGUUUGAUGGAGCGAGGGUGAAAGUGAAAGAGUGAGUUUGGUUUCUUGAAAUUAUUAAUCUUUUUCAUUUUUCUGUCAAAUUGACAACAAUGGCGGAAAGAGUUCAUAUCUGCGAAUGAAAAGAUAGAAAAUUUAAAUUUCUAUUUAAUUUCGCAUGAUUUACUUUCAGGUAUACAGCUGUUUUCAAUUGUAUGUCGUGAUCCUAUGGAUUUGGCGAAGAAAAUGUAUCAAAUUGACGCAAGAGCCAAACAUUGCGUUCUAAAUAAUAUAGAAAUUCAUAAAGCAACAUUGAAAACCAGCAUCGAGAUUCGGGAAUUUCCUCGUCGUCGAGGAUGCAAAGCGAGGACAAGUAGAGUCGUCGUCCCAACGAUUUUGUCAGCAUAUCUGACGGUCGGCUGGGACUUUUUGAAAAGCUUCGUUCUCCUCGGAGUGGAAUUUUCGAAAUUCCAGAAAUAUCCGAAUGACCGCCGAGUUUGGAUUAAAAUUUGUGGAGAUAUUUUCGAAGCUGUAAAAUACUUUAGCGGAACACAGUUUGGUAGAAGUUACGUGAAACUGCGGACCAAUUUGCCCGAAACCACGGACAACUACGCAAGAUUGCAAAAAGUCACCAAAAACUGCAAAAACCCGCGUAGAAACUGCGAGAAAGUGUAUAAAACGAUGUGUACAAAACUACGAAGAACAACAAUGCGAAAGAACUUGAAACUGCAUGAAAAUUCCUCGCUUCACAUCCCUUCGAACAAAAAAAAAAAAUUAGUAUCACACAGUAAAAAUAUCAUAAAAUUAAAAAAAAUAUUAUUUGAUUAUAUAAAUAAAUAUAAUUGCAUUUAUUUUAUUGAUUAAAUGUAUACAAUUUAAAAAAAAUACUACCGUUUUCAAUUAUAAUAAAUGUAAUAUAUAAUAUAGUUUCAGAAAAUAUAUAA